ACCGCAUUCGACGCACGCCAGAGCUGCAGAGGACAGACGCGAUUGGUGCGGAAGAGGACGCUGGCGUGAUUCCGCGACACACAGGCAGAGCGGCUGACGGGAGCCUUGCUGCAACACAGCCACAUGUUUUAAGCCAUCUAUUUGUAGAGAAGAGAAAGGUGUUAGAACCCUCUACUUGAAACUGCUAGGUUGAUAUGAGUCAUUCGUACGUGGUCUCACAGGAAACCUAGCGGGAGACACCCGGCGAAUUCAAGAAGCCCUCCAGUUAGCCAGCGUUAGCCUGUUAGCUGUCCGAUAGCUCAGGAGGAGCCGCUAUUUCGUGCACUCCUUGCCGGGCACCUGCGCGACUUGCUGCUGCGUGUUACAGCUCAUUAUCCGGUAACAGUCACUACAGCGGGUUCUCGCUCCGCUAUUUCAAUUACUCAGUGUUAGUCCCCGGUGGUGACACCAAAAAGGGGAAAGAAGAAGGAGGGGGUCGGGGGGGAAAGAGAUCCGUGAGAGGUUGCGGUUGGGACCAGCAGGGCGACGCAAGCGGUUUGUCUUCGAGUGGCCGUUCACCAUGGACAACGGACACACAAAGACGGUUGAAGAAGUUUACAGCUUUUUUAACGUGAACGAAAGCACAGGUCUGAGUUUAGAGGAAGUGAAGAAACAACGGGAACGAUACGGAGCGAACGAAUUGCCAGCUGAGGAGGGUAAAUCCCUUUGGGAACUGGUGGUUGAACAGUUCGAGGACUUGCUUGUGAGGAUCCUUUUACUUGCCGCCUGCAUAUCCUUUGUGCUGGCCUGGUUUGAAGAGGGAGAAGAAACCAUUACAGCCUUUGUGGAGCCGUUUGUUAUCCUGCUUAUUCUCAUAGCCAAUGCCAUUGUUGGAGUCUGGCAGGAGCGAAAUGCUGAAAAUGCCAUUGAGGCGCUCAAGGAAUAUGAGCCUGAGAUUGCCAAGGUGUACCGCCAGGACCGGAAAAGUGUCCAGCGAAUCAAGGCCAGGGACAUUGUGCCUGGGGAUAUCGUGGAAGUGGCAGUCGGUGAUAAAGUGCCUGCAGACAUCAGGCUUUCCUCCAUCAAGUCAACAACGCUAAGGGUAGACCAAUCAAUCCUCACAGGAGAGUCUGUGUCUGUGAUCAAACACACUGACCCUGUGCCUGACCCGCGUGCUGUCAACCAGGACAAGAAGAACAUGCUCUUUUCUGGCACCAACAUUGCAGCUGGUAGGGCUGUUGGUGUGGUCGUGGCCACAGCUGGCAAUACCGAGAUCGGCAAAAUCCGAGAUGAGAUGGCAGCGACGGAGCAGGAGCGCACCCCCCUGCAGCAGAAGCUGGAUGAGUUUGGACAGCAACUAUCCAAGGUUAUUACACUGAUCUGCAUUGCUGUGUGGAUAAUUAACAUCGGACAUUUCAACGAUCCCGUCCACGGAGGCUCCUGGAUCCGAGGUGCCGUCUACUACUUCAAGAUCGCCGUGGCACUGGCAGUUGCUGCUAUCCCUGAGGGUCUGCCUGCUGUCAUCACGACUUGCCUAGCUCUAGGAACGCGGCGCAUGGCCAAAAAGAAUGCCAUUGUCCGCAGUCUGCCGUCCGUGGAGACUCUCGGCUGUACAUCUGUCAUCUGCUCUGACAAGACCGGCACGCUCACCACCAAUCAGAUGUCCGUGUGCAGGAUGUUUAUCAUUGAUCAGGCAGAGGGCAAUCAUUGUUCAUUAAAGGACUUCACUAUCACCGGCUCCACAUAUGCCCCAGAUGGAGAAGUGUUCCAUCAAGGCAAGCCAGUGAAAUGUUCCCAGUACGACGCUUUGGUGGAGCUGGCCUCUAUCUGUGCUCUCUGUAAUGAUUCCUCAUUAGACUUUAACGAGACGAAAGGUGUGUUCGAGAAGGUGGGUGAAGCCACAGAGACGGCUCUCACAUGCCUGGUGGAGAAGAUGAACGUGUUUGAUACGGAUGUUAAAGGCCUGUCCAAGAUUGAAAGAGCCAACGCCUGUAAUUCAGUGAUCAAGCAGCUGAUGAAGAAAGAGUUUACUUUGGAAUUUUCCAGAGACAGGAAGUCCAUGUCUGUGUACUGCACCGCUAACAAGGCCCGGUCCUCAGUUGGCAAGAUGUUCGUUAAGGGUGCCCCGGAGGGAGUGAUUGACAGGUGCACACACGUCCGUCUAGGCAGUACCAAGGUUCCCAUGACCCCUGGCAUCAAGGAGAAACUAAUGUCGGUGAUCAGGGAAUAUGGAACUGGCAGGGACACGCUGCGCUGUCUGGCUCUCGCCACCCGAGACCACCGCAUGGUCAAAGAGGAGCUGAAGUUGGAGGACAGCGCCCGCUUUGUUGAAUAUGAGACUGAUCUGACAUUUGUUGGCUGUGUGGGCAUGCUGGAUCCUCCCAGGGCAGAGGUGGCGGCCUCUAUUAGACUCUGCCGCCUUGCAGGCAUCAGAGUAAUCAUGAUCACUGGAGACAACAAAGGAACGGCUGUGGCUAUCUGCAGACGUAUUGGGAUUUUCGGAGAGAAUGACGAUGUUUCCAGCAUGGCGUUCACGGGCCGAGAGUUUGAUGAUCUGUCGCCCGCUGCACAAAGAGACGCUGUGGUCAAGGCCCGCUGCUAUGCCCGCGUUGAGCCUUCGCAUAAAUCCAAGAUCAUAGAGUACCUGCAGUCCUAUGAUGAGAUUACAGCAAUGACUGGUGACGGCGUAAACGACGCCCCUGCUCUGAAGAAGGCUGAAAUCGGCAUUGCCAUGGGCUCGGGCACAGCUGUGGCCAAGAGUGCCUCGGAGAUGGUGCUGGCCGACGACAACUUUUCCACCAUUGUUGCUGCAGUCGAGGAGGGCAGAGCCAUUUAUAAUAACAUGAAACAGUUCAUCAGAUACCUUAUCUCCUCCAAUGUGGGCGAAGUUGUCUGCAUCUUCCUGACUGCGGCUCUAGGGUUCCCCGAAGCCCUCAUCCCCGUCCAGCUGCUCUGGGUUAACCUGGUGACAGACGGUUUGCCGGCCACCGCUUUAGGCUUCAACCCACCGGACCUGGACAUCAUGAGCAAGCCGCCGCGCAACGCCCGCGAGCCCCUCAUCUCCGGGUGGCUCUUCUUCAGAUACCUAGCCAUCGGAUGUUACGUUGGUGCUGCCACUGUUGGUGCUGCUUCCUGGUGGUUUGUUGCUGCUGAGGAUGGUCCGAGGAUCACAUUCUACCAGCUGAGCCACUUCCUGCAGUGCGGCCCGGAGAACCCAGACUUUGCGGAUCUGGACUGCAAGGUGUUUGAGUCCCCUUACCCCAUGACCAUGGCCUUGUCUGUGCUGGUCACCAUUGAGAUGUGCAAUGCCCUAAACAGCGUGUCUGAGAACCAGUCCCUGCUGAGGAUGCCUCCCUGGGAGAACGUGUGGCUGCUGGGAGCGAUCUGCCUCUCCAUGUCCCUUCACUUCCUGAUCCUCUAUGUGGAGCCACUCCCAAUCAUCUUCCAGAUCACCCCGCUAAAUCUGACACAGUGGCUGAUGGUGCUCAAGAUGUCCCUGCCUGUCAUUCUACUAGACGAGAUCCUAAAGUUUGCCUCCAGGAACUACUUGGAGCCUGGUAAACAACUGGAGAAGCCCGACGGCAGCAAAGGCUGCCGCCUGUCUGCAUGCAUGGAGGGCAUCUCCUGGCCCUUCGUGGCCGUGUCCCUCCCCCUGGUCCUCUGGAUCUACAGCACCGACACUAACAUGGCCGACAUGUUCUGGUCCUGACUGACUUGAGCACAACCCGCCUCUCCCCCACCACCAUCACCUCCCUCUGUCCACUCCUCCUUCCCCCUCUUCCUUUCCUACGUGUGCAUAGCUUGCGAGUGUGCGUGGUCGUAGAGUUAGUGUGUGUACUUGUGCGUGCCUACCGUGUGUGCGUGAACAAGAAGGACCAACUUUAACACAUGAACAAAUUAUAUGAAAUGUCAGCAUUGCGAAGUCACCUGUUUUGAGUUGGAAUCAAAUUAUCUUUUUCUUUUUACUGAGUGAGGGUUAGAAGACAAUUACUCCUACUUGCAAAUAUGAAAGGAAACAUACUGUUGCCAGGUCUUUUUAUUUAAUGUUAAUAUUGCCUUCAAGGUUUAUAGUUUGGGGAACAUCAGUUGUCGUAUGUCACAACACUAACGGCAAAUUCUUUUGUUUAGCUUCCCUCUUCAUGAACAGAUGAUUAAGAUAUCAGAAAUCCAUUGAUCUAUACAGAGAUUGAAUUUUAUGCAACUUUAUUUCUUAUUUUUUUAAAUGGGUUCGUCAAUUGUUUGACCAGUGGCUUGGAUGCACAACCUUCAUUUUUUUUCUUCUUAUGUUAACCAUUGUGUCUUUAGUAUAAACUAUUUCGGAGAGGAAGUGCUCCGUGUGGCAGACGAGGACAGAGAAGGUUUGGGAGUGAACGUUGGCUCCGCUUACACACAAAAAAUAUCUAAAAACAAAAGCCGCAUGUCCUGUGACCAAGCAUGAACUGUAUGGUUUCUCAUUGCUAAUUUAAUUUUGAUUGUCCCACUGAGUAUACAUUGACUACAUUGAUGCUUUGUUUUUUUUACUAUAAUGAUUUGAAAACAAGCCAGUUUUUCUGCACUGGGCAGAGCACAGCUACCUCAAUAUGAUUAAAAAAUGUUUUUGCUCAUCUCUGGAUAGUUUCUGAACGGUCUUGCUGAAGCGUAACAUCUGAGGUGUGCCCCUAUUUACUUGUGCAGAAAACGAAAACAAAAUUUUCCUUUUCUCUAAUAUUUUCACGGAUAUAUUUUGUUUGUAUUGACUUUCAUUAACUUUAUUUGUGUUUUGCUUUGGAGAAAGAACUAAGCGGGUAGGAUGUAUGUUCAUUACCAUCUCCAUGUCGUUUGAUUCAAAGGAAGGUAAUUGUAAAAUCCUGAGAAAUACCAAUGCAAAGCGUACUCGAAAUGCAUUUGGAUUGCAAAUAAGAGACCAAAAUGUUGUUUUUUUUACUUCCAAAGAAAAAUACACUCAUAAACCCUUUGAAUCAAAAAGCUUUCUGUCUUUUUUAAUGAUUAAGGCCACUGGCUAUGAAGAUUACUCUACCCCAAUGUUGAUUUUCUAUGUGCAUAUAAUACUUGAAUACAAAUCAUU